AUGUUCAGAGCCCUCAGACAGUUCUCCACGAGCCGGGCCAGCCUCGGCCCGAAGAUGCAGGUGUACGAGCCGCUGCCAAGACUCAGAAACGGCCAGUGCCUCAUGGAGUACGUGAAGCAGGCGCAGUACGAGAAGUUCGACAAGACAGGCGCCAAGAGAAAGGCGCUGUCGCUCGCCAACAAGGAGCGCAUCCGGGCGGACGACAUCGUCACGGUGGUGUACAAGAACCAGAAGCCCGUCACGGGCCAGGUGCUGAUGGUCAAGCGCAGCGGCUUGAACUCGACCGUGCUGCUGAGAAACAAGAUCACUGGGCUCGGCGUGGAGAUGAACAUCCCCGUCUACCACCCGAACAUCAUCCGGCUCGACAUUGUCAGAAGACCCGUGGCCUACAAGCCGAGAAACAGACACUACUACAUCAGAAACUCGAGGUUGGACGUCGGCGAGAUCGGUGCCAGCGGCAACUGA